UAGUGGUGACUGACGUCAUCGGUCAUAUCCGGUUAUUCCAGGAGAGUGUCGCAUUUCUAAACGGACUGGUCAUUUUGUGGUGAAAAACAUGGCGGUGCGUUCGAAUCGAGAAGAGAUAAUUUCAUUAAUUUUAAAAAUACUCUCGGAUAUUGAUUCGGAAGCAUAUGAAGAUGAAGAUUUGGCAAGUUCUAGUUCAUCAGAUGAUGAAAAUGAACUUAAAGAAGUUGAACGUCUAUCGGAGAAAACUCCGAAGGUGGAAGGGUACGUGGAGGAAAUCGUUUCGCGAUUUUCCCCGCGCACGUUCAAAAGCCAUUUUAGAAUGAGUCCUGAAACUUUUAAUGUCGUUGAAAACAUGAUUUCGGAAAAACUCAUAAACAAGUGCAGUCGUGGUCGUCAGACAUUAGAACCGAGAAAGCAAAUUCUUAUGACCUUGUAGCUAACGGUAACUCCGGAAUCGUACAGGUAAUCAAUUUUGUUUUUAAGUUAUAAAAAUAGAUGUAUUCUAUGGUAGGAUUGUUCCAAUAACAGUAAGAAUGUUAAAUUAACGUCAUUUUAGAUUUUAAGAGACAUUUGCUUUGAUAAAUGAUUCAUAAAAUUUUACAAUUGCAUUAAAACCUUUUUUGAAAGAAUAUUUAAUUUUUCUAUUUUUAAGAUCAUUUUUUUGCUUGAUAUCAUGCAUUCCAUUGAUAAGUGAAUCAAAAAAAUGCUUUGUUAAGCCAGUUUUUUGUUAAUAGAUAAAUAUUAUUUUUACUUUCAGAUCU